CUUAACGGCCUUCAAAUCAGUGAUUCUCAGCUAAAUUGACUGUGGUGGCUUCUCUUUUGCGGGUAAAAGUGUGGAUAUGGUCCACACACCCAUACAGGCUAUGCAGCAUUUUACGCAGGCUUAUUGUUUCCACUUUAUGGCAGUAUGAAAUAGGCUAUCGAUUGAACUUGUCCUAUUUCAACUUUGGCCAAGAUUGGAUUCUUAAACGAGCUGGGCUGGGCAUCUCCGGCCGACCCACGCGCGAGCAGAGGAUCACUCGGACUGUGCAGGUCUGAGUGCGCAAAGCAGCGCGCCCCUGUGAUUCAUCCGCAGUUUUCAGACGGUGCGCAGGUGGAGGCGAAGAGGAGAGGAAGCAGUCGCUCAGGACGGACCCGGUGAAACGGCCAGGGAUGCUGAACGCGCACCAGACUUAUUCCACAUAAGGAGCGAACAGAUUUUUCUCCUCGGUAUCGUAUUGAUUUGGAACCGCUGGGUUGAUUUGGUGCAACUGUGACCCAUUUUCCUCCAUGACAAAAGUUUGACUGUUAAAAAAUGGUUCUCUGCUCCGCUCCUGUUUUUUCAUGCUAUGCUGUGGAUUCCGGCGUCAGCGUAAGUGGCCAGUCAUCACUUGAGAAAUAGCUGCAAUUAUUUCGGUCUAAAAUUCGGUGCCAGUUUCAACAAACAUUGGGCUUUAAUUCUCGCACAUCAUCAGUCGCCCGGGAUUGCACCCAUUUGAAUUAAUGUCGCGCUCCAUAAUGGACUUUGUCGGACUGUACUUCUUACAGCUGGCUCUUAUUGGAGUGCCACGUCUGGCCCUCUCCGUGGGGGGCAAGGACUGCCUGCGUGCCGGAGACACCUGCUCCAGCGAUGACACCUGCAGCCCACGACUGCGCACCCUAAGGCAAUGUGUGGCGGGGGACGGCAGCGUGAAGCUGGGGCCUGGAGCGCGGAACCAGUGCGAGAACGCCAUGACGGCGCUGCUGUCCACUCCUCUGCAUGGCUGCCAAUGUAAACGAGGCAUGAAGAAGGAGAAGAACUGCCUGAGCAUCUACUGGAGCCUGCACCAGUCUGUGCUACAUGGACUCAACUUGGUGGAGAGCUACCCGUAUGAACCAGAGGAGAGGGGCUCCGACUAUGUUCGACUGGCCUCCAUUGCUGCAGAGUCUGAAGUGACAACAGUGAACCGCUGCCUGGAUGCUGCCAAGGUGUGUAACAUAGAUGAAACGUGUCAGAAACUUCGUACGGAAUACGUCUCGGCCUGCAUCCAGCCAUCAGCCCGCUCGGGGCCAUGUAACCGACCAAAGUGCAACAAGGCGCUAAGGAAGUUCUUCGACCGUGUUCCCACUGACUACACCCAUGAGCUGCUGUUCUGUCCGUGCACUGACACGGCCUGUGCAGAGCGCCGCAGGCAGACCAUCGUGCCGUCAUGCUCCUAUGAAGACAAAGACAAGCCCAACUGCCUGGCUCAGCUGCGGGUCUGCAAGGCAGACUACGUGUGCAGGUCUCGCUGGGCACAGUUCCAGUAUGAUUGCCAACCCUACGAGCAGAGCGCCAGUGGCUGCAAGCAGGAGAACUACGGAGCAUGUCUACUUGCGUACACCGGCCUGAUAGGUAAGAACUAAAUCUUUGUUCACCAGCUCUGGUUUGCCUACCUUCUGUGAUGGAUAGAGAGUAAAAAGGUUUUAGGGGGAGGAAGGUGGAGAGCAGAGAAGUGCAUUGAACAGGAC